UGAUACCUCCCCUUGCUAGCUUGAUUUGUCCCUGACAGCUCUCCGCCGUCACAGCGCUGUAAACUCCUCUGCUCUGCUCUCUGCUCUCUGGCGAACUCACAGUCUGCUGACCUGACUGAACAUGCUCUCCUACAUCGUCGGUCUGAUCAGAGGAGGCUUUGACAGCAUCCUCAACCUCAUCUUCAGACUCUUAUUCAGGAAGAGGAGACCUGCCAUCACCUUAGAGGACCCCAGCAUCAAGUAUGCUCUGCGGCUGCUGGACAAAGAGAUUGUCAGCCAUGACACGAGGAAAUUCCGCUUCGCCCUGCCCUCACCUGAACACGUCCUGGGUCUCCCCAUAGGGCAGCACAUUUAUCUGUCUGCAAAGGUAGACGGGAAGCUGGUCGUCCGUCCGUACACUCCCGUCUCCAGCGAUGAUGACAAAGGUUACGUGGACCUGGUGGUGAAGGUUUACUUUAAAAACGUUCAUCCUAAAUUCCCUGAAGGCGGGAAGAUGAGUCAGUACCUGGAGAGUCUGAGGAUCGACGACACCAUCGACUUCAGAGGACCCAGCGGUCUGCUGGUUUACAAAGGCAAAGGUGUGUUUGCCAUCCAGCCAGAGAAGAAAGCUCCAGCUGAGACCAAGACGGCCAAACAUGUGGGCAUGAUCGCCGGAGGGACAGGGAUCACUCCCAUGCUGCAGCUGAUCACGGCCGUGAUGAAGGAUCCUCAGGACCAGACGGUGUGUCACCUGCUGUUCGCUAACCAGACCGAGAAAGACAUCCUGCUGAGACCAGAGCUGGAGGAGAUCCAGGUCAACCACCCGGACCGGUUCAAGCUGUGGUUCACCGUGGACAGAGCGCCUGCUGACUGGGAGUACAGUGAAGGCUUCAUCAACGAGGACAUGGUGACAGAACACCUUCCUCCCCCCGGCGACGACACCCUCAUCCUCAUGUGUGGACCUCCGCCCAUGAUCCAGUUCGCCUGCAACCCAAACCUGGACAAAGUGGGACACUCCAGCAGCCAGAGGUUCGCCUUCUAAACGACCACGUCGACGUCGCCCGCUCCAAAGAGUCUAGGUUUGGGAUGAUGAUCGGGUUGCUCAGUUAUUAUUUACCCUGAGAUAUUAAAGCACUCGUACGGUCGCAGUGAGGUUUGCACUAUGUAUACUACUUUAUUUAUGCCGUGAUGUUUAUCAUGCAGCAGAAUCACAGCGAGGACCAACUCGUGUCAGGAGGAGGUGUAGCAGAGAGGAGGGUGGAGGGUGUUUGGGAUGAAGAUGGAGGAUGUAAAGUUUGUUGUUGAUGGAUGUUUGAUUCAGAAGAUGUUGCAGCUGUCCCGCUGGAGGCCUCAGUCUGGGGUCGAGAUCAGAGGAGUUGAGGUCCCCCGGCUGUUUUCUGAGUGCCUUAAUGCAAAGCUUUUUUAUGCACAGACUAUAAUGUGACCACUUUGCUUUCAUAUCUAUUACUGCUGCUGAGUCCUGCCCUGUGUGUGUCUGUAAGUCUCAGAUGUUACAGAUUGUUUGUAAUGUGCGACCGUCUGUCAUGCAACAUAAAAACCAAUGACUGAAUCUGUGUCUAAGAUCUCACUGUGCAAGUGUGAGACUGCAGCUGUGAUGUGACGUCUCCUGGGGGUGCUUCUGAAACCAAACCAAUAAAAAGAAUUUCCUCCUUUUUAUUACAAAACACUUAAAAACAAAGACUUUGGUUUGCAUGUUUCUGUUCCUCAGAGAAAGAGUUGGAAACGCUCGGGCGGUCGAGUGCGAGGAUAGAGAGCUUGGCGUCUGUGAAAUGAAGAGCUAAAGCCAGGAGUUUAUUAGCUUAGCAUAGAAUAGAGACGAGUCGUAGUAGAGCGAGAAGCUUAGCCUGGCUGCACGUCUUAAGCUCACUUAGUAACAUCUCAUUUGGUUAAUCUGUGCAGAAGAGACACUACAGGGAGAGCUAGGCUAACUGUUUCCCUCUGCUUCAAGUGUUUAUGCUAAGCUAACACCUCCUGAUUCCAGCUCCAAGCACAGACAUGAGAGGAAUCUUCUCAGCUUGCCUCAGGAAAGAAAGACUUGCCUUCAUGUCUCACUUCCUCUGGUUGUUUCAGUCAAACAGGUUGGGCUCUACUCGUGCAGGUUUUGUGGUAUCUGCUUCAGGUGAUUAAUCCAAAAACAUCCAAUCAUACCCGCUCAGAACGAGGUCUCACAAACCUCCUCAAAUACCACAAAACCUGCAGCCGUGAGCGUCCCUCUGAUCUGACUCUAACACAUCUUAAAGCAUCUUCACGUACCACAAAUUAAACUCAAAUUUGGCCGCAGCUGAGGACGUUACGCUCCUUAAAGUUCACGAAAUACCUGGAUGAUUGUUUAAAAACACAAAGGGGUUGAUACUAAAAUAAAUGCAGAAGGAGGUACAUGUAUGUAUUAAAAACCUGCAUCUUCAGUUCAUGCAUUACACCUGUGGCAGCUUCAAUAAAUAUACGUGGUCAAAAUAA